ACAAUGGAGCUUUCAUAUCAAGCAAUAAAAACGGCUAACCAGGCAAGGGAAGCGGAUGAGAUGAGGACAGAGACUAGAAGAAGAAAUUUGCUUGUGUUGAUAUUUCACCAUUUAAUGGAGGAAGGGUACAUGGAUGCUGCAAGUGCUCUGGAACAGGAGACCAAUUUUAGUUUGCGAAGGUUUGAAGUGUGUGAUAAUGUGGACUUGGAUACAGUGCUCAUGGAGUACGAGAGUUAUUACUUCAUUAAGUUUCAGAAAUAUCCAAAAAUAACAAAGAAACUACCAGAGGCAGGAGAGAGACUUGCAAAAAGUUGUGGUAAAAAGAGGACCCCAUGUGUGACCCAGACACUGCCCAGAAUACACUCCACUCAGCAGCUCAACUGCAGAAGUGGUGUCAAAAGAACAGAGUCUAAGGUGACUGCGAGAGACUCCAGUAAAGCUGGCAAUGAGAAUGGCCGCUUAUCACCAUCUGAAACAACAGAGUUUGGCCUCAAUGUAUCCCCAAUCAUCAGGAAUGGACAGGGUGAGGGAACACAAAUAAAGAAGUGUCCUCCAGUAGACUAUCGAAAUCUCAUCCAGGAGACCAUCAAAGGAGCUUCUAAUGAAGCUGGGCUGAACAGCUUGUCCUGCAAUGCAGACCCCUCUGAACGCCUUCUUAAACCCAUCAGUGCCAUCACUGGGGUGAAUAAUGAGAUGAGGGAGCUAAUGGCUAUUAUUAGCAGGGAUAUCUAUUUACACAACCCCAACGUGCGCUGGGACGACAUUAUAGGCCUGGAGGCUGCCAAGCGAUUAGUCAAAGAGGCUGUCGUCUACCCCAUUAAGUACCCCCAGCUCUUCACAGGCAUUCUUUCUCCUUGGAAAGGCUUGCUGUUGUAUGGGCCACCAGGAACAGGCAAGACUAUGCUUGCCAAAGCUGUAGCCACUGAGUGCAACACUACAUUUUUCAACAUCUCAGCAUCCAGCAUUGUCAGCAAGUGGAGAGGAGACUCAGAGAAGCUGGUCCGAGUUCUGUUUGAGCUAGCCCGUCAUCACGCCCCAUCCACCAUCUUCCUAGACGAACUGGAGUCAGUGAUGGGUCACAGAGGCUUUGGUAAAAGUGGUGAACAUGAGGGCAGUAGGAGGAUGAAGACCGAGCUCCUUAUUCAGAUGGACGGCCUGUCACGCUCCGAUGACCUCGUGUUUGUGCUGGCAGCUUCAAAUUUGCCCUGGGAGUUGGAUCAUGCCAUGCUGAGACGCCUGGAAAAGAGGAUCCUAGUUGGCCUUCCCUCUGCACCUGCCAGGGAGGCAAUGAUCUGCCAUUGGCUGCCUCCUCUCAGCCACACAGGAGGAGUAGAGCUGCGUACUGAGCUGGCCUAUGACGUGCUGGCGAAGGAAACCGAGGGCUACUCCGGGUCAGACAUUAAGCUGGUGUGCAAGGAGGCUGCAAUGCGCCCUGUUCGGAAAAUAUUUGAUGCCCUUGAGAAUCACGAAGAGGGUAACCCAGACAUGCCUGUGAUUGAACUAGAAACGGUGACCACUACAGAUUUUUUGGAGGUGAUCACUCAUACCAAACCUUCUGCCAGGACUUUGACUGAUAAAUACGCUGCCUGGGAGAGAGAGUACGAGUCUGUGUGA